GUGGGCGUUUCUCCCCCCUCCGUGCUCGUGCUGACUGUUGAUGCUGAGAAGAUUUUUCCGCUCUUCGACCAGCUCUCCAGAUGUUUCUCCCUACACUCGUGGAGGACAUGCAUCAUUUUAAGCCGAGUCGAGACAGACUGUAUACAACCCGAUGUUGCGGAUGCUGCCAUGUUCGAACUGGGACCAUUAUCCUGGGAACAUGGUACAUGGUGGUCAACCUGCUGAUGGGCAUCCUGCUGACUGUGGCUGUGACCCACCCUGAGAAUGUCCCGACCAUUGACCUGCAGUACGAAGUCAUUGAUCAUUACUUUGCCUCUGACAGGAUGUCUGAAAAUGCUUGUGUUGGAUUUGCCAUCUCCCUGCUGAUGCUCACCAUCAGUGCCAUGAUGGUGUAUGGAGCCAUUACUCACCGUGACGGGUGGCUCAUCCCGUUUUUCUGCUACCAGCUGUUCGACUUCGCUCUGAGCUGCCUGGUGGCCAUCAGCUCUCUCACCUACCUGCCCAGGAUCAGGGACUACCUGGACCAGCUGCCAGAUUUCCCGUACAAGGAUUACCUCCUCUCUCUGAACUCCAGCUGCCUGCUGCUCUUUGUUCUGGUCUUCUUCGCCUUCCUCAUCAUCCUCAAGGCUUACUUGAUCAACUGUGUGUGGAACUGCUACAAGUACAUCAACAACAGGAACAUGCCAGAGAUCGCUGUGUACCCCGCUUUUGAGACUCCUCCCCAGUACAUUCUGCCCACUUAUGAGAUGGCGAUGAAGAUGCCAGAGAAGGACCCUCCUCCCCCCUACAUGCCAGCCUAAUCACCAGCCAUGCUGCCAAACUGCACACAGCCAUCAUAUGCAUUCCUACCCCCCAACUCAUUCUGAACACCAUAAUGCCCUUAUUCCCCCCCCCGACCUGCUUCCUCUAAAGUGUUUUAUUUGUCCUCCCCGCUGUAUUUCCUCAGCGUGUCUUUAAAGCAUCCUGGCGAUGUGAAAGGUAAAAUGUUGGAAAGUUAAAAUUUGUGUGAAAAUGAAUGAAUGAAUGAAUGCGUUUGAAGGGGGGAAACAAAAGAAAGGAAUCCUUUUGUGUCCACACUACACCCUCAACCUUUUUUAAGUCUUAGUAAAAGAAUCUGUGAGAAGUAGCUUCAAUUUCUCAUCAAUCCAGCACUAUCCUAUUAAUGGAUCAAUAUAUGACGUUUUAAAAAAGAGAAAAGAUUGAAAAAAAAUAUGACAAUCUGCUUUUAGAGUCCCUGUUGUUGAAUUGUGUUGCAGUUUUCCUGUUUGUUGAGACCUAGGCUGCUCCACCUCAGUCUUGAAUUGAGUCUUUAGCACCUUUGUUUUUAAUUUUGGGGGUUGUUAUUUUUAUUUAUUUAGCUUCGCUGUAGUACGGUUUGCCACCCCAGCAGACAUCAUCGCUGCUUUGCUUCCAUGAUGUUCGAGCAAAGCUGCCGAGUAGUUUUCCAGCCGGGACUGAGGGGAGGAGAGAGAGAUGGAUCGCUUCUCUCUGCCUCUCCUUUCACCUCUGGAGCAAACAGCUAGUCUUGUGAACAUUAGUUGUUGCAUGCUUAUCGACGCGUACUCCUCCAUUACUUUACUGGUAAUAAUGAUUUUAUCCCCGUGGAAAUUCUGUUAACUUCAAUAAAAGUCUCGGGAAAAAUAAAUAAA